CGUCCUGCCGAGUCGGGUCCGAGGUGCUCGCGCAGGGAGAGCAAGCUGCGGGCACUUGAUAUGGCGGCAGCAGCGGCGACUGCAGCGACGAAAGGGAAUGGGGGCGGCGGUGGCCGGGUCGGGGCGGGCGAAGCAGGCGGCACGCGGAAGAAGAAGGGCCCGGGGCCUCUGGCCACGGCGUACCUGGUCAUCUACAAUGUGGUGAUGACCGCGGGGUGGUUGGUUAUAGCAGUUGGUUUGGUCAGAGCAUACCUGGCUAAGGGGAGCUACCAUAGCCUUUAUUAUUCAAUUGAAAAGCCUUUGAAAUUCUUCCAAACUGGAGCCUUACUGGAGAUUUUACAUUGUGCUAUAGGAAUUGUUCCAUCUUCCGUUGUCCUGACUUCUUUCCAGGUGAUGUCAAGAGUUUUUCUAAUAUGGGCAGUGACACAUAGUGUCAAAGAGGUUCAGAGUGAAGACAGCGUCCUCCUGUUUGUUAUUGCCUGGACAAUCACGGAAAUUAUCCGUUACUCCUUUUAUACAUUCAGUCUAUUAAACCAUCUGCCUUACCUCAUCAAAUGGGCCAGGUACACACUUUUCAUCGUUCUGUACCCCAUGGGAGUGUCAGGAGAACUGCUCACAAUCUAUGCAGCUCUGCCCUUUGUCAGGCAGGCUGGCCUGUACUCCAUCAGUUUACCCAACAAAUACAACUUCUCCUUUGACUACCAUGCCUUCCUGAUUCUGGUCAUGAUCUCCUACAUUCCAGAGUUUCAUUUUCCUGUCUCUAGAGCAGCAGUGCACAGCUGCAGUUUCACCACACUCAAGAGUAGCACUGCUACUCCAGUGGGCACCACAGGGUUUAUUUCAGUUCAACAUGGCUUUUGAAUGAAUAGAAGAUAUGUACCAGUUUUUCCCCAGUUAUACUUCCACAUGAUACACCAGAGAAGAAAGAUCCUGUGUCAUACUGAAGAACACAAGAAAUUUGAAUAGUUCCUGCUUUCUGCACCCCCCCAACCAAACUUUUCAAUGAUCAAAAAAUGCUGCAGACUUUUUGAGUUCCCAGUACGUUUCAUAGAAUAUAAGUAAGAACUAUUUUUAAAAUACUAAAACAAAACAAAAACCAAAAUCCAGUGUCACAUGGGCCUGGGAUUUUAUAAAAAAAAAAAAAAAAAAAAAAAGAAAAAAAGAAAAGAAAAGAAAAAAAAAAGGCUGUUACAUAAAAUGUCCUGGCUGGAUUCAGCAUGCUCUUCCAACCAGAAGAUCCCAAUAGUCAUGAUGGCGCUAGAAAGAGAUUUGGCAUUUUAUCUCCUCUAUGUCCUUCCUGUAUCUGGUAAAUAAAGGUCUGUAACACUAACUACUUGAGAGUUACAGUCUGAGCAUAGAAGUUGCACCAGCUGACUGCCCAGCUGGCGGUGGAGUUCAGUUGCAGUCUGCAGUGUUUCACAUUCCCUUCUCAAAGUGCUUGACUGCAUGCUGGAAAACUAUUUGUAUUUUUGAAGCGGCAAACUUUGUUCUCUGGAAUGCUCUGAAGUUAUGGCUGGGACCUAGCUCCUCAUAUCUAGUGAAUGAAUUAUAAAACGUAUAUGCCUGUGAAGCUUUGGGAUAGUGCCCAUAAUCAGAAAAUCACUAGAGCCCUUUCGUUUGUUUUCAAUUGAGUCAUUACUGCCUGCCACUAAGAAAUGUGCUUGAAUUUAAUAAGUAUGUGUAUAUUGUAAAGAACCUAACUUACCUGGAGCUCGGCCUCAAUCUUGUUUUAAUAAAUGAGUUCUCUGAGAGGUAAAACUCAAUAGCUAGUAAGUGACAAGUACCCUUCCCGGUACUGUUUGCAGAGCACCUCUGAGUAAUGUAUCUGCCAAUAGUUGUUCUCAUUUAUGGAUUCGAAGCCCAUCUCGUCACAUCGGAGCAGGGAGUCUGUUUUUAAAAGCACAUGGAAGGUGUUGCUCUGGAAAUGUAGUUUGGAAAAGUGUUCAGGAAUGGCUUUUUAUCCUGUUAUUUUAUUUUUAAAAGUUUUAUUCACUAUUCUGUUUAGAUAAUUUGCCUAACUAUGGUCCUGUGUUAAUUCCCAACAAGUUGUCAAUUCAGAAGCGGCUCAUGUUCUCCGUGGGCAGUCCUGAGCUAAAAGCAGAUAAUCUCCUCGGGUUGGAGCAUCCACAGAAUAGUUUGGUCCUGUAGACAGUGCUGUGUCUUCAUGCUAUUUAAUUGUUCAACCAUGCAUUAAAACUUAAGAAAGGGUUUGUCACAUUUAUGAAUGAAAAUGUAAAGCCCAAGAUUAGAUUGUAAACACAGCUUAGAUUAUAAACAUGAUAUCUUUAUGAAACUGUUUUUUCUUCUUCAUUUUUUCUUCUUUUUUUAAUUGUUGAUCUUUAAAAGUUUAGCUUAGGUGAAUAAGUGUCACUUAAAAUAGAAUUGUUAAUAUCAGAAAAAUGUCAUAAUUUAAAACUAAAUUUUUAAAUGCUUUUUUUCAUAAAAGCUUAAAGAUCUCAUGUGGGCAGGUGUGUAAUAAAUUAUUUUUUAAUCAAACAUUAAAAUUCUGCUUCAAGUCAACACUUUUGAGUGUGUUGAAAUUAGAUCUACUCUUGUACAUGUGGGAAAGAUUUUUUUUUUAGUGCUUUUUCUCUCUUCUUACUUUUCCAAAAUGUAUUUCUACUGUAAAAAUAGCAUCAACCUGGGUAUUAUAUCAAGCUCAUAACUGGAUUUUUUCAGUUGUUUUGGGGGUGGUUGCAGAAGGUGGGGUGGAAAGUACAGGUUUUCCAGCAUUGCAGGACGGGAGUUUCAUUCAGGUCUAUUAUCAUUUGUCAUAAUUUAUGGAAAAUAUUGUGUUACAUACAGUGGUAUCACAUCAAACUGAACCUUGGCAAUGAGGAUGCAGCAAACAACUCCCUUUUCAAAAAGGGUCUCAAGCCCUGCGUGUGUUUUGUGCAUCAGCAUUUCAAAUAGUUAGGCAGAUAAGUAAGGCGCUUCGUUGUGUCCUUCAGUGACCUCUCUCAGUAACUUUCUUUUUCUCCUAACACGAGUUAAUUUCUCCUUUGAAGUGCUGUUCUUUUAUAAAUUGAGCACAUCCAACCCCACUAGAUGUCACAUCUUCUUAUGAAGUGUGAACAAGGACGGUGAUGUUUGGGGGAUACUCUGUCAGACUUAACGGUUUCAUUUCAGUGCAUAGUCAAAGACACCAUCUUCCCAGUGCCCCCCUCCGUUGCUGUUGCAGACCCCCCUCUGGGGCCUCCUCUGGCCCAGAGAACUCUUUGAGGUGCACGGCAGCUUUAUGGACACAAGCUGCUGAUCUGUAUCUUGCUGUGUUCCAUUUGCUAGGGUUGGGAUCACAUGUCCCCUCCACUGUCAGAGGCUCCAUAGGGAAUGAAGCGCUGUCCUCCUAGGUGAGGAUGUGCCUCUGAAGGAAGCUUCAGACGGGAAGGAAGGUGCAGAGCCCAAGAGGCAUAUGAGGAACGGGCCCUCCUGUUUCCCCUGCUGUGUUGGUUAUGCGUUUCUAAUAAAAGGCUGGUGUCGAUGUGGUCCAAACUGAGCAUUGUUUUCAGUUCUGAGUUUCAGAUAAAUCAUUAUAAAACAUCAAAUUCAACAUACAGUGCUCCUUUGAAAUUUGGGUAAAAAAAAAUUAUACAACCAGAUAUAAUCAUUUUGUAUUUUUUCUAUGUUGUGAAAACCAAAAUUGUAAUUUUAUAAGUCUUUGAUUCACUAAAAUUAUAUAAUUUAAAUGUAUUUUUUGUAUAUUUAGAAAUAAGGAGUUCAAAGACUAUGCUUAAACUUUCUAUGCAUGCAUUUGAAAGCUGUUUUUAUCUGAUAAUGUUAAUGUAGUAAUAAGUUGUAUUCAUAAAAUACUGAACUGUGUUGCAUUUCAAAAUAAAUUGGUGUGUGCUCUGCCUGGA